CUUCACCGUGUCCAAUAGCAGCAGCCGGUCGGUGGGCGGUGUUAGAGGAGUUCAAACCUCAAUAAAUUGUUCCCACACACAGGCGCGACCCGGAUCCCGAUCCUGCGUUACCUGUCUGGGUGUUUCAUUUCUGUGACCGCUGGAGAUGGAGAAGAGCCGCGACAAAGAACAGAAGAAACCAGUUCGCCUCAUAGCAGCUGUGUGCAAUGACAUGGGGAUCGGGAAAGAUGGAAAACUGCCCUGGCAUUUACCGUCGGAAUUCCAGUACUUUCUGAACACCAUCUCGAGGGUGUCGAGACCAGGAAAGAUGAAUAUGAUGGUCUGGGGCAGACUGUGCUGGUUUUCCCACCCAGAAACAAUGUUCCCACUGCCAAAUGUUCUGCAUGUGGUGUUGAGUACCACACUGAACACAGUUCCAGAUCACGCCCACUUCUUGUGUCAAGACUUUGAGAGUGCCAUCCGCUUGGCUGCCGAGCCCCCCCUUGCGGACUUAAUAGAGACCAUCUGGAUUGUUGGUGGGAUGCAGGUCUACAAGGACGCACUGAAUCACCCGUGGUGUGACUUGGUUUACCUGACAGACGUCAUGGCUGACUUUGACUGCGACGUUUUCUUCCCUGAGUUUGACAGAGAACUGUUUAAAGUACAAGACAGAUUUCCUGAUGUACCGAGUGACAUUCAAGAGGAGAACGGUAUUAAGUACAAAUUCCAGGUAUUCAAGAAAGAGGUCACAGAUGCCAUGUAGAUGACAGGCAAAAGAAAUAUUAUCAGAGAGCACUCGAAAUCUCUCCAGUGUAUUUUUCUACUUUUCCUUGUCAACCUUGUCUGCUGUCAACAACUCCUGGACAGACCACAGAGACACUGCUAAAACCUACACCCACAGUGUGCUGUUAUAUUUUUAGAAAUUCAGGGAAAACCAAAGUUGUGUUACCACUCUGUGUUAACCGGUCAAUAAGCAUUCCAGCUAAAGUAAAAAUGAUCUUAUUCUCUUUUUAAAAGAUAACAUUUGAAACACUGUGAGCACAGCCAUUUUAAACACAGUCCAGUUUGUCUAUACAAGUAUUUAUGUGUAUUAAGUCUUAAAUAAUUUUCCCCCCAUUGCUGCUGUUUGGUAGAAUAUUUGGAUCAAUGCUGGUAGAAAAAAAAAAUCCCCUGCCACCCUCUGCUGUCAUCUUGUCACUUGUCGGCGUUCCCAUCUUGUCCUCCUCCUCAGUAAUAUUGCAGCUGCACAGAAAAUAUGCCUGUCAGUGAGCCAGUCAGAAGCCCAUGUCAAUGACAGCCUGUGCUCUUGGUAUCACAGCAGAUCUGGUCCUUUCUAAGCCAACACAACAGAUACCAGUUUAGAAAGUGAUGAGUGAAUUAUCCUGUUUGCUUUACAUACGAUACUGAUACAUCUUUUCCUGUAGGAAGACAUGGAGAAAUGAUACAGGUUGUAAUUUGCUGUGGUUUGAAAUGCUAUGAUAUAUUUAUUGAUGAAGCUUUUUUACUGUGUAGUUUCUUGCAAAUGUAGAAGGUUUUUAAUGAAAAUAAAUCAUUUGCAACAUUUUAAUGACGGUACAAUUAACAUUUUGGAAUAAAUUUAUCCCUGCUC